CGAGUCAUUCGACAAGCUCCAACGAUGCAGGUCAAGGUGAUCAAGGCAGGCAAGCGCGCCAAGGACUACGGCUCCGUGGAGGUGGCGGGCUCAGCCCCCACCGUGGGGCAACUCAAGAUCGCUUUCGAGAAGCAUGCGCGUGUGUCUCGCUUCCGCCAGAGCCUUAAGUUGCAGCAGAGUGACGAGACGCUCGUGCCGCUUACGGACGACUCGAAGUUGUUGGUGGACUACGGUGUCAAGAGCGGCUCGACGCUCGUGUUCCGCGAUCUGGGCCCUCAGAUCGGCUACCGUACCGUGUUCGUGGCCGAGUAUCUGGGCCCUCUGCUCUUCGUACUGGGCUACGCGGCCCGUCCGGCCUUCAUCUAUGGAGCGGAGGCCGCGUCGCAGCCGCUGAGCCACACGGCGCUGCUGGGCGUGGCCGCCUGGUCGCUGCACUUCCUCAAGCGCGAGCUCGAGACUUUCUUCGUGCACCGCUUCAGUCGCCCCACUAUGCCUCUGCGUAACCUCUUUAAGAACUGCAUCUACUACUGGUCGUUCGGUGCCGUGGUGGGCUACCCGCUCUGCCAUCCGCUGUACGCCGGCCCCACGUCAGAUCUUCAGAUCAAGGCCGGCCUGGCGCUUAUGGGCGUCUCGGAGUUCCUGAACCUCUGCGUGCACGUGCAGCUGCGCAACAUGCGUCCGGCGGAGGGCUCCAAGGAGCGCCCGAUCCCCAAGGGCCCGCUCUUCGCUCUCGUGUCGUGCCCCAACUACACGUUCGAGGUGCUGGGCUGGAUGGCCGACUGGGCCCUCAAGAAACACCGCGGAUACCUCAAGACGUACGGCGAUGAGUACAAGAAGCUGCGUCGCAAAUCUAUCAUCCCUUUUAUUCUGUAA